UAAAAAUCCAAGGCAAUCACAGCAGCCGACAAAAGUUUAGAGCAACGAUAUGUAGACGAACAUACAGUGCACUUUCCCACCGAGUUUUUUGUUUGGCUUUGCGACUGGUUGAGUCCUGUUAAUUGUGUAUAAAAGUGAGAUAGGCUGUACUGAGGGAAACAUAAGGAGACGACGGAGGCGCUUCAGCCAGGAAAGAAGUGCCGUGAGAAAGAUACCGUCUCUCUCACACACACAGUAGCACAGCCGCGCCCGGAUCCCAGCCUACAGCACAGCGCUCUCCCUGCUUUCCUGCUAUAGCAUGGCCAGUUCGAGUAAAGCGACUUUAAUCUUGCUCAUCUACGGAAUCUUAAUGCACUACAGCGUCUUCUGCACACCUAUCGGACUAAGUUACCCUAAGAUUAGACUUGAAAACGACGCCUUCGAUGAGGAUGGGAAUUCAUUAUCCGACAUGGGUUUUGAUAGAGAUCAAAUAGCUAUACGAAGCCCACCAUCCUUAAACGACGACGCAUACACUCUGUACUACCCACCAGAGAAGAGAUCAGAAAGGCAUGCUGAGGAAGAAUUAGAUAGAGCCUUGAGGGAGAUCCUGGGUCAGUUAACAGCGAGACAUUAUCUGCAUUCUCUGAUGACAAUUCGUGCAGGUGAAGACAACAGCAUCGAGGACGAGUCAGAGCCCCUAUCCAAAAGACAUUCAGAUGGGAUCUUCACCGACAGCUACAGCCGCUAUAGAAAGCAGAUGGCCGUCCAGAAAUACCUGGCAGCGGUUCUGGGAAGAAGGUACAGACAGAGAGUUAGGAACAAAGGACGUCGACUUGCCUAUUUGUAGCGUCGUUAAAGCGCCCAAACUGCCCUCCUGUGUAUAUACAUCCAGUCGUUAAAUCAAAGUCAUUCAGAUAUAUCUGCCAACCAGUGGAUUGCGCCUGUGUUCUUUCAACAUGUAUUUAUGUAUGAAGUAAAGCCAUUAAAAUGAAUAUUUUAAUAAUAAUAUCGUUUUUUUUUCUUUUUGUACAAAAGCACUUGAUACCGCACAGUUAUACUUUGUGGACCAAUAUUUUAUUUUCAUGUUAAGAUGUUGAAAACAAACAAAAUGACAAAAAAAAGAAGAAAUUAGAAGAAGAAAAAAAAAAAAGAUAAAUGUGCACCUUCAACAUUAUGCGCUUGAAAUCUUUAAAGGUCAUCUACAUAUGCAGAAAAUAAAUAGAUUUUAAAAAAGACAAUCAAAGUAUUGAAUGUUAUACUUAUUUUUGUAACCAACGUUCUAUUUUUUUAGUGUUGUUUGUUUUCCAAACAGGCCCAAAGAAGCAGUGAGCAUGCUAUGUGAGGCAUAUCCGGCUUAUCCUAAAUGAUGUUGCCCUUGUCCACCCUUCUCCCCUCGCUCCCUUAAUGGGAGCUCUGUGGGUUCGUAUAGCUUGCUGCCCCUCCAGGGGAAUCCAGAUGGCUUUGUUGUACAGCCUCUCAUUUGAUGGAUAACUGAUUGACCCGCACAGUCAUUUGGUGUAACUGGUGGUAAAAAUCCAACCAUGUUUUAAACACAAAUUUAAUUGCAGGGGCAUUACUACAAAGAAGCACUCUGGUUGCUGUUCACAGUAUGCAGUAAACACUGCUUGCUCACUUGCCUCAAAGUCAUUUUACUGUCGGAGAGAAUUACAUUCAUGCUAGACUAUAGGACUGUGUGAGGAAAGUUCCCAUAUAUGUGUUUUAGUAGAGAAUUUACACAGUGCACAAAUUCAUCUCAGUGUUGUCUGUUCAGUCAACAGAAUUAUUUAGAAGACAGUGCUUCAACUGUUGAUUGCACCUGGGCAGCAUAAGAAAGCAGACAAAACAAUAGAAGGAACAUCUUUAUUUUACAGAAAGUGGAGUGAAAAGGUAGCACCUGAGUCAGAGGUCUGAAGACUAUUUAACACUUAUUUGUUAUUUAUUGGUGCAUGUGGAAACGGACACCUCGCUCAUUUUCCUUAGAAACUGCAUGCCAUUGUGCUCUUUUGGAUUGUGCUAUUAGGGAGGUGGGCUGUGCUAUGAGCCUAUUUCAGCACCACUCCCCCUCAGAUGUGUUGGAAAUGUGAACAAGGAGGGCUAGAGGGGCAGAAACUGGUACUGCACUGACUUGUUGAAUUUUGAUCUCCCUGCUGCUGUCAUUGUGGAUCUCAUAUGACAAGACACUGGACCCCCUCUUUGCUGAUUGCCUUUGUCUCCUGGUAGCAGUUUAUGUAUUAUCUUUUGCUUCUAGGUUAGCUAAGUAGUUGAAUUAACAGUGCUGUGGUUCAUCAUUAUGGUAAGGCUGAUCUGUCUUAGAUGUCUGUUGUCGGGUAUGUGCAGUUAGGAUGUGACAAAGUGGUGAGGAGAGUGAGAAACAGAGGUGUGUGUGGAGAGGACCAGGGAGACAAGACAAAGAGAAACAGUGUGAAAGUGAAAGUGAGAGGAAGACACACAUAGAAAGAGAGAGAGAGAUGGGGAAAGAAAAGGAGGUGGUUACAUAAGAGUGGGUUACAGCUCGCUUAGGCAUAGAGCGUGGCUGUCAUACCUGGACAUUGACACAAACAGGAGGCGAGAGUGGCAUCACCACGCCUGACAAAGUGAGAUCAGGGUCAAUGAGUCUGAUAGAAAAUAUCAGAUGUUGAAUUCCCUCCACCUUGUUAUCAACAGAAGGUUUAACAAGAUGUGAGUGAGGCACCGCGCCUGGAUGAAGAGUUUCCCUCUUGCGCUAGAAUGGAGGUGAAUGAAAUCCAUCGCCCUCCAGCAGAGGGAUCUUCCCACCGACUUUUAUUAGGACGAUAUCUUAUGAAUUUAUUCAACAUUAUGCAAAUGCAGCUUUAAGCACCCCUGCAAUCCAAUCAGAGGCCUGUGUCCCCCCUCACAGAAACUAAAAAUACUCUCUUUAAUUCGGCUUUAUCCUACAGGCUUUGUGUGAAUGUGAGUGUGUAUGUGUGUGUGUGUGUGUGUGUGUGUGUGUGUGUGUGUGUGUGUGUGCACAGAUGUCGAUGUAGGUGUUUGCAUAUUGGUGUGCAUUUGUGUAUGUAUGUGUACAUUAAAUUGUCAGUGUGUUUGUGUGAAUGAGUGAGUUGAUCAGGCAUGUGGAGGUGGAAACAGCUUUUUGGCUUCGGUGCCUUGCUUCGACGUGAGAAAAACAUUUUAAAAAAUGUAAAAAAAAAAAAAAAAAAAAAAAAAAAAAAA